AUGGAGCGCCCACCAAGCAUUGCACUGGUGGACAAUACUGUCCCCUCAGAACAACCGACAGGCGGGGAAUCCUCGCGACGACCCUCCAAACAUGCACAGCAAAGCAGCCUUUCAAAACACCUCAGUCAUGCAUCUGUCUCCAGACAGCUCACCAAGCGCAAAUACGCCAAAUGGCAACCGGAUAAGCUAGGCGUUGCAACAGACCCCGAAACAUCACCGAGUAGGGAGUCAUCACGAAUACGGGGAUCAAUCUCAGCGGAGAGCUCGACGGGGCCCCGAAACGAAAAUAUAACGUCAGACUUCGCGACAGAAACAGCUCGUGUCGACACGGCAGACUUUUGUCCCUCCCGAGCUCCCAGUCAUACAAAUGAGGCCAUUCAAUCUGGCUCUGGCACAGGGGGACAGGGGCAACAAUCCGAUUCUGAGACAAACACAAAAGCCGUCACAGAACUUGAUAUUUUAUAUGAGAAUCAACGGGGCUCGUUCUUCUUUGGUGUACCCCUGUACUCGCAUAGCUCGCUACUCAACCUCGACCCUUCCGCAUGGAUGAAGGAUGAUAAGCGCCCGAGCCCUGUAAACAUCACCAAUGCCCAAGUACCCGACCCAAGCUGGGAAUGGACAUGGCGUACCUGGUACGUUGAUAUGUCCGGUGAUGUUGACGAGCAAGGAUGGCAGUACUCUUUCUCGUUUGGAUCCUCGCAAUGGCACGGUACUCACCCGUGGUUUCACUCUUUUGUUCGAAGGAGACGAUGGGUUCGAUUACGGACUAAGAUUCCCGAGAGGAGACAUCGUGGCCACUCAGAUUUUGAGAACGCGCACAUGUUGACGGAAGAUUACUUUACUAUUCAUUCUAAGACGAGAAGUCGAGACCAGAGUGUUACGGGACUUUCGCGGGUUGAGUCUGGGUUUUUGAGUCGGGUUAGCACCAAAGUUGAUGAAGAGGUACAUCUUGAGGAGAUUGGAGAUAUUCCUUCCCUUAUGUAUGCUUUGAAGCUUGCCUCGAUUGAUCGAGAGAGAAUCGACGCUUUAAAAAAGUUUGUGGAGGAGGGCGGAGAGGAAAUUUAUUACCUCAAUGAUAAGGUACCGGAGAUCAUGUCUAUGUUUCUGUUCCAGACAUCCCGCUGGCAAUUCGUGACUUAUCUUGUCAACACGAUACACAUACUUUCCAAGCCAGCUGAUGAUCCCGGAAAUAAAGAUGCAGACAAACUGAAACGCAAGAAAGAUAAUCUGCUACGGGCAGCGGAGAGUGCCAGACAACAUAUUACUGGCCCAGAUCUUUUUACUGAUGCCCACGGAGACUCAGCAACUGAGCUACUUGAUUUGACUCCAGUUACUAGACAUGACACCUUGCUGUCUAAACGGUCGCAAGCAUCUAGUGAGCCUGUGACGAGGGGAAAGGAGAUCAAAGGAAUUCCCAACGCCGCGGAGGUGGGCCGGGACGGGCAUAUCUAUUGA